AUGCCUUCCGUACGUGAUUGUAUGCAGGUAGCGGUACGGGUAAUUAUCGGCGUCAUAUGCGUGCUACAUUCCGGCGUGGCUCAGUAUCAGAACCAGUGCCGAACACCGGACCAAAAGGGGGGAAUCUGUGUAACGGUGGAUCAUUGUCCGUUGAUCCAGCGUCUGCUGAAUCAACCGCUUCUGACGGCAAACAUCGUACGCUACCUCGAAGCCAGUCGCUGCGGGAUCCUCGACAAGAAAGUGCUAGUGUGCUGUGAAGCUACAGGGAAUACAGUUCCGGCCACAACGAACCAGCCGGCCGUGCAACCACAACCACCCAGCAGUCCACCCGUUGCGAACAGAUUGUCUUACGAUGAAAAGCUUCAGCUACUGCCUGAAGAGUGUGGAAUUCAGUAUACAGAUCGCAUCAUCGGCGGUGAACGGGCACAUAUCGAUGAAUAUCCCUGGACUGCUCGGAUCCAGCAUCGGCGUAGGAACGGCGACCUUAAGUUUCACUGUGGUGGGGCACUUAUAAACGAACGCUACGUACUGACAGCGGGACACUGUAUUAACAUUCAUCAAAGCUGGACACUAACGGCGGUCCGUUUAGGUGAGUGGGACACCGAGUCGGAUAGAGAUUGUGACGUAUCCCACGGCGAAACAGUUUGUGCCGACCCCGUUCAGGAUAUUGCAAUCGAGAAAGUGCUAGUACAUCCGAGAUACACCGUCAGUACGUCGUCCGUAAAGAACGAUAUAGCACAAAUACGUCUUGCCCGUACAGUACAGUUUAAUGAUUACGUGCAGCCCAUUUGCUUACCAAUACAACCCGCGGAGCGUAUGAAGUCUUACGAUGGAAUACGAUUCGUUGUAGCUGGUUGGGGUCAAACAGAGGAAGAAUUGCAAAGUCGCUAUAAACUAUUCGUUGGAGUCUCUGGUGUUCCGGAGCAACAGUGCAGACAGCAGUAUCCGGGAGCCAAUAUCGAUCAGACGCAGGUGUGCGCGGGUGGAACAGCGAAUAAAGAUUCCUGUCGUGGUGAUUCCGGUGGACCGCUCAUGUACGUUGGGCAGCGCAAUUUUGAAGGCGUUAUGUAUCUUGGCGGUGUGGUUAGCUUUGGUCGAAAGUGCGGACUCGAGGGCGUGCCGGGGGUGUACACCCGGGUCAGCCAGUACAUUGAAUGGAUCGUGAAUAAUCUAGAACCGUAG